AUGCAACAAAACCCAAAUAAACCACUGCCUGAUACAUAAGAAAAGUUAUAUAUAUCCGCAUUAGCAUUAAUAAAGAUGUUAAAACAUUGUCGUGCUGGUGUUCCACUAGAAGUAAUGGGACUAAUGUUAGGAUAAAUAGUAGAUGAUUAUAAAAUUAAUGUAGUAGAUGUAUUUGCAAUGCCCUAAAGUGGUACAAGUGUUAGUGUAGAAUCAGUAGAUCCAAUAUUUUAAUAAUAAAUGUUAGAAUUAUUACAAUAAACCGAAAGAACGGAAAUGGUAGUUGGAUGGUACCAUUCUCAUCCUGGCUUUGGUUGUUGGUUAUCGAAUGUAGAUUAGAAUACGUAGCAUAGUUUUGAGCAACUUAAUCCUAAAGCAGUUGCUUUGGUUAUUGAUCCUAUUUAAAGUGUUCGUGGAAAAGUAGUUAUUGAUGCUUUUAGGUUAUGUAAUCCUUUAGAUGUAUCAGUAGGUUAAGAAUAUAGAUAAACUACAGGAAAUGAAGGGCAUUUAAAUAAACCAGGGUUAGAAGCAACUUUAAGAGGUUUAGGUUUAUAAUAUUAUUCGAUUAACAUUUGCUUUAAAACUAAUGAUUUGGAAAAUAAAAUGCUAAACGAUUUAUAUAAAAAAAAAUGGGUUCAUUGUCUUGAAAAUUAAUAAAUAUGUAAAUGUAGUGAAAAAAAUGUUAUCGAUAUGUAAAACAUGGCUAAUUUUGCGAAAAUGUAUCACAAAAGAAUUUCCGAAGAAAUUAAUUGUAAUAAUAAGAAAUAACUAUCGAUUAAAAAUACUGGAAAAAUUGAUCCAAAAAAACAUUUGAUAGAUCUUUCAGAUGAAAUGUCAGAAAAUAAUUGCUAUUAGAUUCUUACUAAUAUGGCUAAUAUAUAAUCAUUUUGA